AUGUCUUUGGACAACGCGUUGCACACCGAAGUCCAGUGCAAACAAAGUACAGAUGAUGGCAAAACGGUGCAAAGGCAUAGAUUGACAUGGUUACUGAGAUUUGCCGUGGGACUAUGGAACAAGUCAUUUUGUUUCGGCUACUGCUAUGAGGAGAUUCACAGCAAACGGUACCAAGAAGUUGACCGUGUCAUCGACCGCAGGUUGUUACUGCAUGGAACGGCGAACGCGCAUGAAGGAUACAUCGUCAAUCGGUUCUGUGGGGUUCAAUGCGCAGCCUGCGGGGCAGCAAUGAUAGCAGUAGCUCAUGCUUGCUCCGAGAGGCCCGACUCUGAGGGAGUAGCGCUUAUCCUUCGGGAUAUACAUCCAGUCCCCUUGGUUCAGCUCAAUGUUGAAGAGAUGGAGGAAACGCCUCAGCGUGGCAAUCUGGACGAGUCGGAGAUUCUCGUGCACGUGCACGCGGCCCCGGGCGACGACGACGACGAGACCGGGAUCUUCUCCGAGGGUGCCGGGGAGGUCCUGCAGGCGGGCUCGCGCAGUGGGUUCCAGGCCGGCGACCGCGUCUUCCUGCGAUAUCCCACCUGCUGCCGCACGUUCCUGCGCCUGCCGGUGGCGUUUGCGGCUCCCUUGCUGCCGCAGAUCUCUUUCGUGGAGGCGGCCGCACUCCCGACGGCGGGAUUGAUGGCCCUUUAUGCUCUACGCACUCUGGGACGCAUCUCGACCGAUGACUCCGUUCUUGUGCGCCAUGCAGCCAACGCGGUCGGUCAGCUGGCUAAGCAGCUUGCUCAGCUCAUGGGCGCUAAAUCCUCGUCACAGAGCAUAGCCAGGAGAAGCGAGAGAUCUUGCGAGCAAAAUUCAACCUUUCCCCGGAGUUCAUCCUUUCCGAGCACCAGGGGAGGGGUGGAUAUGGUCUUGAAUUUCGACAGCCAGGAGUUGGAAGGAUCGCUGGAUGCUUUGGCACCGUUUGGCACGCUGGUCAGCUUAGACCUUUCUAACAAUCGGCCGCAUGACCAUCCCCGUCUCCUCCGAAACGCCGCGUCCAGGUGUAUCACCCUUGCUGCCGUGGACGUAACUAAGCUCCAUGGCCAGAAACCCGCUAUCGUCCAGCAGCUUCUACGGCAACUGUCACAGCUUAUGCUAGACGGAAAAGUCAGAUAUCCGGUGGGUAGUGCUAGAUCUAGGCCCACGGCAGUCCGUAUCGGUCGAGGAGCGCGGAAUCUCCUCGUUUUAUCCCGCUCCGGGGCCUGGUCCGAGUCGGCGCGCCAGCUGUUUCAGGAUCUCGGUGUGCUCGGGGUCACGGUGGUGGCGCCGACAUGCGAUAUCAUCCAGCCGAAUUCACUCGCCGAUGUAUUGAAGGAGCAUGCCUCUAAGUUACCUCCCAUCCGAGGAUGCCUCCAGUGCACCAUGGUGCUGAGAGAUGCCGUAUUCACCAACAUGACAUACGAGGACUUCAUCAUCAGCACACGACUCAAGGUCUUCGGCUCAUGGAACCUGCACGCUCUCCUCCCGAAGGGGAUGAAUUUCUUCGUGCUCCUCUCGUCGAUAGGCGGGGUGCUCGGCGCCCCCAGUCAAUCCAACUACUGCGCCGGGAACACCUUCAAGGACGCGCUGGCGCGGUACCGGGUGCAGCUCGGGGAGAGAGCCGUCGCCAUCGACCUGGGCAUGAUGCUCGGCGAGGGGGUCGUCGCCGAGACGGCCGGCAUGCUGGACUCGCUACGCCGUCUGGGCUACUUCAUGGACGUCGUGGUGGGCAUCGAAUGCCCCGCCGCGAUGGAAGCCAAGGGCUUUGACCCGCCCUACUGGAUGCACCGGCCGUAUUUCCGGCCCCUCCACCUCGUCGAAUCUCACCUGCCGACUCCGGAUCCCGCCGCCCCUUCCUCAGCCUUUGGGGCUGCGGCAGAAGGAGCGGGGAAGGCCGGAGCGGGUGCGGAUGCCGCGAGCGUGCUGCGAGCGAGCCCGUCCGUCGCGGUGGCCGCGGCGCAGAUCGUGCAGUGGGUCGUGGCUAAGCUGGCACAGAUCCUGGGCCUUCCCGUGGAGGAGAUCGACGUGGAUCGGUCGGUGCAUGCAAACGGCAUCAAUUCUUUGGUGGCGGUCGAGCUGCGCAAUUGGUUCGGGAAGCGCAUCGGGGCGGAUGUGGCGGUCUUCGAGAUCCUGGGCAAUAUGUCUCUGGCGGAGCUGAGUCGUUCCGCGGCCCAGAAGACUAGAUUUCGAAAUUGA